CCGCGCUAUACGUCGAAUGAGCCUUUCUGCUCGUCUCCGCAUCGAAGAGCAACCUUGCCCAACCACACCAACGCCACCAUUCGCAUCCGACAUCUAUCACCAUGCACAUUCUUUUAUUCGAUCAAAAUCAUUAUCGCUGCCUGCUCUCUCUCUCUCUCUCUCUCUCUCUCUCUCUCUCUCUCUCUCUUUAUUUCUCUCUAUCUCUAUCCCUCUUUUUCCUUCCGUUUCCGAUACUAUUUGCGCAUCGACUUGGGCAUCGACUUGCCCCUUGCUCGCACAAGCGAUGCCCUUUUCCCCUUCCCUCAUCCCCCCCACUACCCAUAUAUACGCAUACCGUUUUAUAUAUUGGACUCUAUUGAUUAUACCGCGCGUCUGUCGCUGCCAUACUCUUUUUUCUUUUAUUGCGUAUCUCCCGCCCUCAUUUCCUUUGUCGUGAUCAGCUUUCCUUCACCCUCCCCCGUUUCUUGUCAUGAAGUGCCCUUUCUU